AUGUCCCUGAAGAUGGCCCGAGAAAGCGGAUGGGCAGUGAGACAACUAGCUCUGAAAGCACCGGCCGUCCAUUCCCAAAGAGUGGCCCUCGACCUGCGCUUCGUAUCUGUUAAUGUGGACAUAGAUAUUUCUUCCUUAGCUUCUCAUCCCAGGGACAGAACACCUGACAACCACAGGUCUCAGGGAGGUGGCCUUGCUGUGACAGUCUUCACCAGCUCACGGGACAAGACGUAUCCUGUCAGCAAAGGGAGCAAGCCAGGGUCUGCUGGGAAUCACGGAGAGGACCCCAGGCAUCUAAGUAUUCAACAAGGUCUUGCUGUUGCACAGAAAAUCAUGAUGCUCCGUGGUCAGAGGAACCAAGACAGCAAGCUAGAGGGAGGCCAUCCGGGCCAGAGUAGUGCACAGGUCUUCAUGGGUGUGCAGGGUCUCAAGGAAGAGGGAGAAGAAGCAGCAGUCACUGCGUCCUCCGUAUCCUCUUCCUCCUAUACUGUAAUUGGAACCACAGCAAGAGAAGAGCAUGGAGCUGGUAUACCAAGUUGUCCUCAGGAUGUUCAGGGACUCUGUGCCACCCCCACUGCCAUGGUUUCUGGUCAAAUGACCCUAACUAAUGAGUGCUCUGUCAGGCAAGAUCCAGAGGGUUCAUGCACCUCACAGGAGGUGAACGUCACUCAGAUCAUGAACCGCAGGUUCCUAGAUGACAAGUUGGGUAACUUAAUACGAUUCUUACUCCGCAAGUAUCAAAAGAAAGAGCAGAUCACCAAGGAAGAAAUGCUGCGUAAUGUGGAAGAGGAUUGUCGUGAGCAUUUCCUUCUGAUCUUCAGGAAACUCUGUUACUGUAUUUGCCCUGGCUUUGGCAUUGAAGUGAGGGAAGUGGAUCCCCUUGGCCACACAUAUGUCCUUGUUCCCAUCUUGGGACUCACUUUUAAUGGCAUACUGGAUGAUAAUGAUGAUCAGAUCAUUCCCAAAAUCGACCUCCUGAUAUUCAUCCUGAGUGUAAUAUUCAUAAAAGGCAACCAUGUUAGUGAAGAAGACCUAAAGGAACUACUGAGAAGAAGGAAGGUAAUAGCUGAGAGGAAGUGCAUUUUUACUGAAGAGCCCUGGAAAUUCAUCACUGAGGAUUUGGUACGGGAAGGGUACUUGGAGUAUCGGCAGAUUCCUAACAGCGAUCCUGCAUGCUAUGAGUUCCUGUGGGGACCAAGGGCUCAUGCUGAAACCAGCAAGAUGAAAGUCCUAGAGCAUGUGGCCCAGCUUGAAAGGGCGUCUCCCAGGUCUUACCCAUAUCUAUAUGUGGAGGCUUCAAGAGAGGAGCAAAGUAUAAACAGGGUUAUUGAGGGGCAAGAGGUGUGA